ACCCACCAGAAUCAUCAUCAUCAUCUCAUUGAUAACUUUUUAAAGCAAUGUUUGCUACAAGCGCAGGCCUUAUUCAAGCCUAAAAUCAAUUUGUCCAAACUUAAAAUAAGCAAUAAUACAAUAGAAGCGGCGGCUACGGCCGCACAGACUUGAAACAACACAAAUCCAAACUGGACGACGACGACGAACAACAAUGAAUCUGAAUGUUUUUAUGGCCUAUUUGGCCGUGUGCGCUUUAUGCCUUCAAAUACCCAUAACCAAUUCCAAGACUUCGACUCUUUGGAAACUAAAUGCGGAUGAUAGAAAGAUUACGGGUCGUAUUGAAGAAGAUAAGGACAUGGUCCUUCUUAAUUCGGCUGUAAAUGAUAAGUACAAGAACGACGAUGUAUUCAAUAUUAUUACAUCGACAAUUGCAUACGGCUCCACUUGGAGCAAACAAUCUGUAGAACGAUCGUGUGAUAUUCCAUGCGAUGGUAGCGACAAUGAUAGUGGGGUAAAUCUUAAAGGUAUACCCCCAACAGCGUCAGUUGUGACAGUUGUUAGUGCGAGUAAAACAGCAUUAAAAAAGACCAACAGUGAAUUGGACGAAGUGCUGGAUUGUGGCAAACCUGUUAAUUUUACUUAUUAUGAUUAUUUGAUUGGUGUCGCGCAAAGAUUUAAUCAUCCGCUGAUACCGGAGCCUGAUGUUGCCUAUUUGUUUCUUAAAAACAAGGACGAAAAAUCCCUCAAAAGCUUCGACAUAAGUUUACUUGAAAAACGUUUGAAACGUGCUCGAAAAGAUAAACCACGUUCGGUGCAUUUGUACAAUCAAAUUGGUAAUUAUUGGCGAAUUCGUGGCGAUGCGCGACAAUCAAUAGAAUGUUUCCGACGUGCCCUAUCAAUAUCACCGACAAAUGCCGAAGUUUUACUCAAUUUAGCGAGAGUCUUGUACAAUUUGCAGUAUCUUGAUGAUGCUAUUCAUUUAACAAGGAGAUCUCUCGAAGUUCAACCACCAGACCGUUCGGCAUGGCGUCAGUAUUUUACUCUUGGCGAAAUAUUCAAGGCCUACGGACAUUUUCAAGAAUCUGUGCUACAUUUACGUCACGCUCUCGAAUUGUAUCCGCAACACGAGCCAAUACUCAAAGCAUUGAGAGAUGUUGAAAAUAAUCCAACGUCUCCGUUGCAUGUUUACACAAUUUUAAUUAUUGCUGCUUUGGUAAUUGCGGUUUUUAUUGUCAUCAUAACAUCGUCGGAUAAUUCAGACGCAUGUGUUCAACAAUCAGAGUUUGAACCGAAAAUUCAGCGCCAUUUUAACCGAGCGAUGGCAAUGCGCUCCCUCAAAGGAUUCUCUUCGCGAAACUUUAAGCACAGAAAAUACUAAUUAAAAAAAAAAAAAACAAAAAUUAUAAAAAAAGAGCACUCUUUACACAAAACAAAAAAAAAAAAAACAAAACAAAA